AUGGGUGCAUCAUUCGUUCCCAUCACCAUUUUCACCGUCUUCUGGGGCGUCAUUGGUAUAGUAUGCCCCUUCUUCGCACCCAAAGGACCUAAUCGAGGGAUUAUCCAAGUGGUGUUGAUGUUAACAGCGGCUACGUGCUGGUUAUUCUGGUUGUGUGCGUACAUGGCACAAAUGAACCCUCUCGUCGGACCGAGACUCAGCAACGAAACACUCAUCUGGAUAGCUCGUACAUGGGUGAGAAAUUAA